GGGGUUCUAGGGUUAGGGCAGCCUCGAGCUCCAAGAAGAGAGCGAGCUAGGCGCGAGGGCGAGGGCGGCGACGCGAGAAUGCCAGAGGCGCCGAUGAUCUCCGGUAAGACAGAGACGUACGUGGACAACAAGCGCAAGGAUGACGUGCGGCAGGCCAACAUCAUGGCCGCCAAGGCCGUGGCGGACGCCGUGCGGACGAGCCUGGGUCCGCGCGGCAUGGACAAGAUGCUCUCCACCUCCAGCGGCGAGGUGAUCAUCACCAACGACGGCGCCACCAUCCUCCUCAAGAUGGAGGUGCUCCAGCCCGCCGCCAAAAUGCUGGUGGAGCUCUCCAAGAGCCAGGAUAUCGUGGCGGGCGAUGGAACCACCACCGUGGUGGUGAUCGCCGGCGCCUUGCUCAAGCAGUGCAUCGCCCUCCUCGGCAAGGGCGUCCACCCGACCAUCAUCUCGGACGCCUUCCACCGCGCGUCACUCAAGGCGGUGGAGGUGCUCACGUCCAUGGCGAUACCGGUGGAGCUCUCGGACCGCGAGGCGCUCGUCAAGAACGCGAGCACGUCGCUCAACAGCAAGGUGGUGAGCCAGUACUCGUCGCUGCUGGCGCCGCUGGCCGUGGACGCGGUGCUCAACGUCGUGGAUCCGGCGAGGCCCGACUCGGUGGACUUGCGAGAUAUCAAGGUGAUAAAGAAGCUCGGUGGCACCGUGGACGACACCGAGAUGAUCAAGGGGCUUGUUUUCGACAAGAAGGCGAGCCACACUGCCGGUGGGCCGACUCGUGUCGAGAACGCGAAGAUCGGUUUGAUCCAGUUCCAGAUCUCGCCACCCAAGACGGAUAUCGAGCAGAACGUCAUAGUUUCGGACUACACGCAGAUGGACAGGAUUCUCAAGGAGGAGAGGAACCACAUCCUGGGAAUGAUAAAGAAGAUCAAGGCCACCGGGUGUAACGUUCUUCUCAUCCAGAAGAGCAUCCUCCGGGACGCGGUGACGGAGCUGUCGCUGCAUUAUCUCGCCAAGGCCAAGAUCUUGGUGGUGAAAGACGUGGAGAGGGACGAGAUCGAGUUCAUCUCCAAGACGCUCAACUGUCUUCCCAUCGCCAACAUCGAGCACUUCCGAGCCGAGAAGCUGGGACAGGCCGAGCUCGUGGAAGAGGUCUCGGUGGGCGACGGAAGGAUCGUCAAGAUAUCCGGGAUCAAAAACAUGGGCCGGACGACUACCAUCUUGGUUCGUGGAUCGAACCAGCUGGUUCUCGACGAAGCCGAGCGGAGCUUGCACGACGCUCUCUGUGUCGUGCGGUGCCUUGUCAACAAACGUUUCCUCAUCGCUGGUGGUGGAGCUCCAGAGAUCGAAGCGUCAAGACAGCUUGGAGCGUGGGCCAAAACUUUACAGGGGAUGGAGAGCUACUGCGUGCGCGCUUUCGCGGAGGCACUGGAGGUGAUCCCGUACACUCUAGCCGAGAACGCGGGGCUGAAUCCCAUCACCAUCGUGACGGAGCUCCGCAAUCAUCACGCGAAUGGAGAGGUCAACACUGGGAUCAACGUGAGGAAGGGGCAGAUCACAAACAUCCUGGAAGAGAAUGUGGUGCAGCCGCUGCUGGUGAGCACAAGCGCCGUGAGCCUGGCGACCGAGUGCGUCCGCAUGAUCCUCAAGAUAGACGACAUUGUAACAGUGAGGUAGUCCAGGAACACAAGAGGUACCUCUUGUUAAGUUUUCCUUUUUUUCGUUCGUAAGUUUUGGUAAUGCAAUGUUUUUCCAAUCC